GAACACGGGCAGCAUGCGGACAGGUCGGUAGUGAAACGGUGCUGAGGGAUCUCACGAAAGUGGAGAGUGUUACAUCACGGCCGGGGGUCCAAUAAAUCCAUCCCAUAACACAGAACAAAAUGGACAAUAACAACGAAGGUACUAAACCGGAAGUGCUGUUGCAGGAGAAAGGGGAGAUCAUCAAACCCAUGAUCCCUGACGGUGCUGUGGAGGAUCUGGUAAGAAACUUAUACGGCUUAGAUGUCAUCAGCUCUAAAGAACUAAACAGCUAUGACGAUAGGAACUACCACGUGACUGUACACAACCAAUCAAGCAAUCCUCACAUACCGGAAGUGUGGAAACAUGGCUACAUUUUGAAGAUACUGAAUAGCAUGGACUCUAAGCGUCCAACUAUCGUUGAGGCACAGAUCAGUCUUCUAGACCAUCUUCGAAAAAAGAACAUAUCAGUGCCAGAAAACGUUCUCACGAUUUCAGGCCAGACAAUGUCUCUAGAGAAGGUUUUUGCGGAGAAAGAUCCUAAAGAUCGAAACAGCGCCCCCUAUGGUACAUAUAUUGUGCGCUUACUGAAGUACAUCCCCGGCGAUAUCCUGGUCAGUAAACCCUGUACACCUGGACUUUUAUACAAUGUCGGCAAAUUUACGGGAGAAUUUUCAAACGCAACAAAGGGCUUUCAUCACUCAUUUUACGACACCCAUUCCUUAGUGUGGAGCCUGUUAGAAUUCUCCAAACUGAAGGAAUUCGUAUUCGCGGUAAAAGAUGAAAACAACAAACGUGUAGUUGACGAGGUCGUAUCAGCGUUUGAAUCCGAUGUUCUCCCUAAGCUUGGGGAACUCCAAAGAGGUGUGAUACACGGCGACCUGAACGAGCAGAACAUCCUUGUCACAGAGGUUCCGGGUCAGGAUGAUGUCCCACCUGAAUCACGUGUUUAUGACGUCAAUGGCCUACUGGAUUUCAUGGACGUCACUGAUUCCUACCCAAUAUUUGAUAUUGCUAUAAAUAUCGCGUACAUGUCAAUUAUAUGCGAACCUUCUGAACAACUUGACGCCGGCGGUCACAUAUUAGCAGGCUUGAUACCCAUCUUCCCUUUAAAUGAUGUCGAGUUGGACAUCUUGCAGACGUCUGUAUGUGCUCGAUUGUGUCAAUCACUUGUGAUGGGAGCCUAUGCUCACUACCAAGACCCGUCCAAUAUGUACGUACUGACGACAGCUGAGAAAGGCUGGCCGCUCCUACACAAAGUCUGGAGUACACCCAAACAGGUACUAAAGGAUAGGUGGUUGUAUCUGAUAGGCCAACACCAGGAAGCAUCGUGAUUUAUCUUGCAAUAAUGGCAUGACAUUUAGUGUUGCUGAUGUCGUUUGAUUCUGUCGCAUACAUAUUUUCAGUAAGUUCCUUGUUGUGAUUGAGAAUAUAUUUCAUGCGACAUUUGACAUGUACAAUCAAUUGUCAAAAUCCUUCUUACUAGUAUGCAAUACAGUUGUACGUUUAUUAUCACAAGUAUAAUAAACAGUAUAAUAUUCUGUUAA